GGAAGAAGUGUAUUCAGCAUUCUACCUUCUUCCUGAUUCUGUGAGUUUAGACCUGCUUCCACUUUCAAUCUCUCUCAUUGCAGGCUGAAGAGGACUGGCCUUUCAGUGGCCCUCGUGGAGCAGUAGGAAGCUGAGCUGGACUCUCUGCCACAUCGUUCGGUUCCCACAACAGCCUGAUGAAGCAGCAGCAGAAAAAAUGGAAGCCAUUUUGGUUAACGGGUCACAUCUUAGCAGUUGGCAGCGUAAGAAGCGGAAGGAUCCACUGGUCAGAAAUGGAGAUUGAGGAGAAGCUGAGAGCACGGAGGGCUUCAGGGGAGAGCCCGUCCUUUGGAAAAGCGGGCAGUUUGCACUCGUGGUAGAUGAGUGGGGAGGCCACUGAGUCUCUCUGCCCCUUUGCACAUGCUGCACCCGUUUAGUUUGACGUCGUGGAGAGCUCCUCCAGGCACGGGCUGUGUGAAAGGGUUUAAAAGUUUGGGGGCAUGGCUGGGGGUCCCCGCAUGAGGGGUGCUGUGUAGGCUCCCAUCUUUUCUGCCGGUCAUGCUGGGAGCCAAUAGCACCGGCUCCUGACGUGGGGACUUGCCCUGUGCCAUGACGUGGGGACUCGCCCUGUGCCCUGCGCCCCGGUUCCUGCUGGUUCUGUGCCUUCUGGACUCAUUUCCUUUCCAGGGUCCGCAACCGCUUCCGACACAAUCACUAUUUUGGCUGCGGCCACGGCUUCAUUCGCUUCAGCUGCGAGCUUUUCUCAGAGCAGAGAGCACAGGGAAGCUGGGAGGAGUGCGCCUAGAUGGAUGACAAAACUGGGAGGCAGCACGGUUCAUGAGCUUGUGCAAGUUCACACAGGGCGUGAUUGACGGGGCUGGGAUUCAGAUGCAGGACCAGGGAACCAGGCUGACCAGAAGACCUACGAGGAGAAAUAGAAAGCUUGGGAGGUUGAAGUGGAAAGCCAGGUGUCCAUUUCUCUGCCUGCAGAAUGAGUCCCCAGGGAGCCCAGCGGCCACGGCAAGUCGUUUUCAGUGAGAGGAUUGGCAUGAAGAAUCCUUGGGACACAGGAAUCAAUCAAGACCUUUGGAUGCCCCUGCCUGCUCUGUCUCUAGAAGCCUCAAGCCCAGCAUCCCCACGCCGACGUGCUCAUCUCUAGCAAAACACCAGCCUCUCAGCCCUCUCUCCAUAAAGGCCACUAGAAAGUACUGUGAUGCCAGGCUGCUCCACAUCCAGGCAGCCUGGGUGACCACUGCCCUUUAUGAGAAUCAGAAAAAGGUGUCUCCCGAGUAGUUGGAAUUACAGAAACACCCGAAACCCUCCUGCCAGGAAGACCAGGGCCUGGGAAGAGGGUCGCUCUCCGGCCAUUCUCCCCUCACCCUCCUCACCUUCCUCACAUCCUGUGCCCUGGGGGACCAGCAGCUGCUUCCACCCAGCUCCUUCAGGAUGGCAGGGAACAUGGUAAGACCAGUGAAUUCCAUGAACAUGGGCCCAUUGCCUCACUUUAUUUGCUGUGAAGUGAGUUCCUUGGAGUGAGUUCCCGUGAAGUAAGCCUGUAUGGAAAAUCAUGGCAAUAGAACAAGCGGGAGCCUAUGUCAGGAAAGCAUGUCAGAGCAGAGCUGCCAGAUGUCCGAACUGCGGCUCCUCCUCCUGGGGAAAUGCCGCUCGGGAAAAAGUGCCACAGGAAAUGCCAUUCUGGGCAAACAUGUGUUCAAGUCCAAGUUCAGUGAUCAGACAGUGAUCAAAAUGUGCCAGAGAGAGAAUCGGGUCCUGAGAGAAAGGAAGGUUGUGGUAAUUGACACCCCUGACCUUUUCUCCUCAAUAGCUUGUGCUGAAGACAAGCAACGCAACAUCCAACACUGCUUGGAGCUCUCUGCUCCCAGCCUCCAUGCUCUGCUCUUGGUAAUUGCCAUCGGCCAUUUCACAAGGGAGGAUGAGGAAACAGCCAAGGGCAUCCAACAAGUGUUUGGAGCUGAAGCCAGGAAGCACAUCAUUAUUGUCUUCACUCGGAAGGAUGAUUUGGGGGAUGACUUGCUGCAAGAUUUCAUUGAAAAAAACAAACCUCUCAAGCAGUUGGUUCAAGACUAUGAGGGCCGAUACUGCAUUUUCAACAACAAGACCAAUAGUAAGGAUGAGCAGAUCACCCAGGUGUUGGAGCUCCUUCGCAAGGUUGAGUCUUUGGUGAAUACGAACGGAGGACCCUAUCAUGUGAACUUCAAAACUGAAGGCAGCAGGUUUCAAGAUUGUGUGAAUAAAGCUGCAUCUCAAGAGGGAGACAAGCCACAUGGCCCAAGGGAGAGGCAGCUGCAGUCCACAGGACCCGAGCAGAAUCCGGGGACAUCAGAACUGACAGUGCUCCUUGUGGGGAAACGCGGUGCUGGAAAAAGUGCAGCAGGAAACAGCAUUCUGGGGAGGCAGGCCUUUCAGACCGGAUUUAGUGAGCAGUCAGUAACCCAGAGCUUCUUGUCUGAGAGCAGAAGCUGGAGAAAAAAGAAAGUUUCGAUCAUUGAUGCUCCGGACAUCUCAUCUUUAAAGAACAUUGACUCAGAAGUUAGAAAACACAUCUGUACAGGCCCCCAUGCCUUCCUGCUGGUGACACCACUGGGCUUUUACACUAAGAAUGAUGAGGCAGUGCUAAGCACCAUCCAAAACAAUUUUGGAGAAAAAUUCUUUGAGUACAUGAUCAUACUUCUUACCAGGAAAGAAGAUUUAGGGGAUCAGGAUCUAGAUACGUUCUUAAGAAACAGCAAUAAAGCUCUCUAUGGUCUCAUCCAGAAGUGUAAAAACAGAUAUAGUGCCUUCAACUACCGGGCAACAGGAGAAGAAGAGCAAAGGCAGGCAGACGAGCUCCUGGAAAAAAUUGAGAGCAUGGUGCAUCAGAAUGGGAACAAGCAUUGUGUUUUCAGAGAAAAAGAAACCCUAAACAUUGUCCUUGUGGGGAGAAGCGGGACUGGGAAGAGUGCGACCGGGAACUCUAUCCUGGGGAGCCUCGUUUUCACCUCUCGGCUCCGGGCCCAGCCAGUCACCAAGACCAGCCAGAGCGGCAGGAGGACAUGGGACGGACAGGAGGUGGUGGUUGUGGACACUCCUUCCUUCAACCAGAUGCUGGAUGUCGAAAAGGACCCAUCCCGGUUAGAAGAGGAGGUCAAGCGCUGUUUGUCCUGCUGUGAAAAAGGGGACACAUUUUUUGUCCUGGUGUUCCAGCUGGGACGAUUCACUGAAGAGGACAAAACAGCGGUGGCGGAACUGGAGGCCAUCUUUGGAGCAGACUUUACGAAAUACGCGAUUAUGCUGUUCACCCGGAAGGAAGACCUAGGGGCGGGGAAUUUGGAAGACUUCAUGAAGAACUCAGAUAACAAAGCCCUUCGGCGCAUUUUUAAAAAGUGUGGGCGGCGAGUUUGUGCUUUUAACAACAAGGAAACAGGCCAGGCCCAGGAAACCCAGGUGAAAGCUCUUUUAACAAAGGUCAAUGAUCUGAGAAAAGAAAGUGGGUGGUCCGGGUAUCCCCAUACACAGGAGAACGUCAGCAAACUAAUUAAAAAUGUCCAGGAAAUGUCCCAAGCCGAAAAACUCCUUAAAAAUUUAAUAGGUAUUUUACAAUAGGUAGCCGAAGUGCCUGGGGUCUCCUCAAUUAGAGACACCCUCAGGUUGGGGGGAGGGGCGGGGCAUGGUACAACCUGUGGGAAGGGAAGCGGGUUCAUGGCUUUGAGGGCCUGAGAGGCAAAUGCAUCCCGCCUUGUGAUGUAUCAGCUAUUUGUAGAUAAAUAAAUUGCAGGCGGGGGCGAAUAGUAGGGUAUUAUAAAGGAGAAAGAAGAUACAAGGUGGUGAAAUCUGGAAAAAGAUUUCAGACAUUAGGCUGAUAAUAAGUGGUAGAAUCAAGUCACAAGAAUCACCUCACCUGUGUAGGUAGGUUGGAAUCAGGAUAGACACUGUGAUCAAGGCUGAGGCCACCUGGGAUGAGAAUAUAGAUAGUCGUACAACAACCCAGGGGAUCCAGAUACAUGAGACCAGGGCAGCAUUCAGCACACUCCUGGGCAUGGCAGAAGUAGGAAGCAGAUUCCAGAGGGCCUCCCUGUUGUCCAGGGCUGUUGGCUCCCUGAGCUCUCCUGUCUCCUUUGGGAUGCGACUUAGGGCUAGAGUGUUCCUUUCUUCACACGUUAGCCAUUCCUUACGGUUCUUCACGUUCCACGCCUAGAUGUGAAGUGGGACAUAGUCUUCCAUUGCUGGCUGUCCCUGAGGAAACAGACAUGAGUCUUGGAGGUUCUGAAUGAUUUUAUUGCUAAUUAUCACAGUGACAUAGACUAGAACAGAAAUUAGAAGCAUAGUAAGAUUGCCAAAAUCAGAGAAUCUUGCAAAGUUCUGUAAUUCUAAGUGUUGUUCUAGAUUUCCUCUAGAGAAAGUUAUUAGAAUCUCCAUUGCGUUUCUCUUUCUCCCUCUCUUUCCCUUGAGGUUAGGAAACAGGUUAAAACUCAGAGAACUCCAGUAAUAAUGGUUUAAAAACAUCAGGGGCUUCCUGUAUCUCCUGUCAGGAAGCCGAGGAAUAAGCAGGCUGGGGCUGGUGGGCGUCAACAUCCCAGUUUUGUUCUAUCUUUGUGUCCCACCUGCACUGGGAUGUGGCUUCUACACUCGAGUUUGCUUCUUGGUUUCAAGACAGUGGUGUUCUUUCCAUAGCUGAGCAGAUUAUUUUGAGAGGUGGGUGAUAUGUGAGCGAGAAAUCUGGAACCUUCUUCUGGGUAGAUACAGGAUAAGAUAGAUACAGGGUAAAAUGUUGAGCACUUUGUACAUGCUUUGAGAGCAUAAUCUUUGUCAUCUGUUUUUUUCCCCUAGACAAUAUCAGGUUACCGUCAACAUUAAUCCAUUUAAAAGGACAUGGACUGUUGCCAUUAAUACUUUUGGAUUCCAUAUAACCCUUAACACGAUAACUUCUAGAAAAUGUGUGUGCCAUAGACACAAAGAAGGGAACAAUAGACACCAGGGUAUACUUGAGGGUGGAGGGCGGCAGGAGGGUGAAGAUUGAAAAGCUGCCUAUUGCGUGUUAUGCUGGUUUCCUGGGUGACAAAAUUACCUGUACAUCACACACCUGUGACACACAACUUACCCAUGUAACAAACCUGUGCAUGUACCCCUUGAACCUGAAAUAAAAAUUGGAAAGUAAAAAAAAAGUGUGUAAAUAUAUUUAGUUGAAUCAAAUAAUAAAGAUGAAUCAGAUUAUGAAUUCA